AUGAUAGCGACAGUGGAUCUCAGUGAAGAGGGUGACAUUAUUGUGGACUCUAAAAUAAACGACACCCAUCUGGUGGUUAGCUGGGAGUUCAUCAACAACAUUAUCACAUUCUUUAGAGUCUCCCCCUACACCGCAGAUUCAGCUGGAACGACUCCGCAAGAGAACAACGAUGUUUUGGAAAUAGGGAAAUUCAGGUCGAAACGCAGCCACCAAGCUCAGCAACACUUCAGGUAUCGAUGGUUGUUAACAACCCUGAGUUGGUGUUCCUUAGUAACCACUCAAACUGGAAAACACAAGCUUUACUACUCAGAACCGGUGUGGAGCUGAAAUUCAAUCAGAGGGAGGAGCAAUCUGCUAUUCAGAUCAAAGUAGAGCAGAUAACACUGUUUAUCUGUCAGUAUCUCUACAGACUAAGCUCUAUCUAUCUGCUUCUACAGCCGUGUGACGUGAUCAUGUUAUACAACAAGACGGAGGGAGAGAAGGAGAACGUUGAUUUAAACAUAUCAGAUCUCGUUUUUAAUAUCAGUCCGGAGUCUCUGAACGUUAUGGUAGUAGUGUCCGGACAGUUUGCAGCUACUGAGACCAUCAACGCAGCUAAGAAGGAACACACGGCCUACGCUUACAAUCUGUGGAACAUGGAGUGUAUUGACGAGACGAACAGAUGGUAUCUAAGACAAGCAGCACAGAGUCUGAUCCAGGAGAAUAUGAAGCACUUACUGGGGCACGAGUCAGACAUCUUCUCCUUCAAGCAGAUGGAACCACUGGGGCAGACCUUUAUCCUGAAUAUGGACACCUUCAAGUUAACAUUAGAGGCAGACUACGAACCUCUAGUUGUCAUCACGGGACACACCACAUGCAAAGUUAAAGACUGGGGAGGAGCUAUGUUAGUAGACCUUGACCUCUCACUUGAUGCUAACUACUACAGCUACUCCCUGGGAACAUUCGAGCCGCUGUUGGAACAAGUGGAGGUGGCUGACGGGAAAUACAGGAUGCUGAAUGUUACAUGUACAGUGAAGAAGUGUCCUGUAGUGGUUUCUAAUGAAGCAGCUCAUAUCAUGCAAAUGCUUGGCGCUGAAGCUAGUGAGAUGGACACGGCCUCCCAAUCUAGUGUUGACAGUAUGGACAUUCUGGAGAACGCACCCCCUCUAUACGAGAUACAUGUCACUAGUGAUGACAAACUACUCCUAACCCUAACCAACUCUGCACUAAAGAAUUUCCAAGUUCUGAGUGAAGCUUGGAGCGGUGUAAGUGAUGACAUGAGAAUAGAGCCUAGAGCGGUGAGCCCCCUAAUGGUACAUAACUUGUGUGGAGUUAAUAUUACUGUCAGGGCCAAGCAGGACGGCUCUAGAAACGCGCCUCCACCAGAGUUCCAGCUUGAGCACGAUGAGAAACAAGGCCUGAAGCUGGAGGCUACGAAACGAGGCAAGGACCGAGGGAAGAGGGCGCUAGAGCGGAGUCACAGUUCUAAAGGCACUGAUAUCUCUGAUGCUGCUACUAUCAGUGUUAAGAUAGAGGGUUACGAGGAGAUUAAAGAUGUGCAGAUUGUUCAGGCAGGACUGUAUAUAUACGGGCUGAUACCUGCUAUGAAGACUAACUCCCGCCGUGAGGUGGAGAGAUACACGCUGAAAAGAGAAGUAACGUACUUGGAUAGAUUAAAAUUACAACUAACCAACAUGGAAACGUCUAGUUUCGUGCGUAACGUGCUGGUAGAAGUAACAGUAGUAAGAAGCAGCAAGACGGUCACUAUCCGGUCUCCUCUUAACUUCCACAACAAACAACGUGUACCUGUCAGAUUAUGGUACUCUGCUCCUGACGAUUCAACAAACAGAGAACUCGUAACUGUAGACAUUAAGUCGUUUCAAGUGAGCAGGAUCGAAGCAGGUGCUAAAUAUUCUGUCCCUCUUGACGCCCAAAUUUGUGGUACCGGGGACUCCCACCAUUUCCACAUUUCGCCCGAUAUAGACGGACACUCCCCCUCCUUCCCACCGCUCUCCACCUCCAAACUGAAGAAUGAUACCCACCACUUUGUGGCCAGCUACCCUGCUACAAGAGGUACUGAACUGCUACCGGAACAUGGCUCCUUCUCCAUGCAGCCUCUAAACGUCAGGAACCCCUCAAGAUUGAACCUGCAGAAUGCUCUAUACCACACCAUCUCCAUUAACCCCCCUGUUAUCAUUUGUAACAAACUCCCCGUCACUCUCAGGAUACAGGGAAUAGGUACUACUAUGCUAUCUAGAGACAUCCCGGCAGGACAGCGAGAACACUUUAACAUGAUAGACACUUCCACUGACCCUUCUAUCAUCCUCCGGAUUAUUAACUACCAUGACAUGGGGUUCGAUUGGUCUGGUGAGUUUAAUAUAGACGUGAAGAAGUUCGAAGAAAACUCCCAACAGUAUGUAACCAUGACAGCGAGUGUUAACAACCUUACUAACCGUGUUACACUGGGCGUGGUCGCUAAAGUAACUGACGGUCUUAUCUUAACUGUAUAUAGUUCUUACUGGAUGGUUAAUUGUACUGGCAAACAGCUACAUUAUCAAGGUAUAACCGACUCAUCAGAGAUACUAGAUCCCCCCACCAUCCAACAACCCAUGUUAUUCUCCUUCCUACACACUGACAAGAGUAAACAGAAACUAAGGGUGAAAGUAGAGAGGGCGGGGUGGAGCGAGUAUUUUAAUAUUGACACAGUUGGUAGCAGUGGUAGCAUAAGAUCGUUUGAUGAGGAGAAUGACUGUUACUACGAGGUGGGAGUAACUAUAGCGCUAUCUAAUAUUCAGCUCACCAACAUUGUUACAUUCUAUCCUCGCUUCCAGGUGAUAAACGAGCUACAUUUCCCUAUAACAGUACGAGGAGAGCUGAGCUCUGAACUGACAGAGUGUAGAUGUAAUAAAGUUACUCCGUUCUGGCCGGGAUGUAAAGAUGAUCACUCCCUAGUUGUAAAGAUACGUAAAGGUAAGCCCACAAUGGCGAUCCCUCUCCACACCACACAACAGACUGUAAUACGUGCUGACGCCUCCACGGACGAGGCAUGCUCCUUCAUAUCAAUAGUAGUGUUUGUAGAUGUGAGGACAGCCACAACAGAGAUAAGAAUAGGAACAUACUAUCUGGGGGCAGCCCCUGUUCGGAUUGAGAACUUGCUCUCAGAGUCCAGUAUAUGUUUUAAACAGCACAGUGCCAUGUCCUUUGUAACUGUUCCUCCUCAUAACAGCAUCUUGUACACCUGGGACUUUCCUGAUAAGAAGAGGGAACUGUAUUGGUGUGUCCAGGGAGAUGAGAAGAACCAGAAAAAAGCGGAUUUUGUGAAAGAUAACUGUGUUAGUUUUGUGUACCACGACCUUCUCUCCCAGAGACAGCGGAAAGCUCAGGUGGUGAGUUUCCUUGACGGUCUGCAGCGAGUGCUACUGUUCACAGAUAACCUUAAUGUAGCAGACUGUGUGGGUCAAGAGGUUAUAAAGAUAGAGCAGAGCCACCUGUUGUUCGAACUGUCCUUCCCUCAGGCUAUUGGUGUUUCCUUGGUGGACGGUACCCCUCAGGAAGUGUCGUAUAUACAGUUGGACAGUAGUGGUGCAAUAUGGGAGAGGAAGCUGAAGAAGAGGGAUCGGUACAAGUACCUGUGUACCCAGAUCUCUGAGUCAUUAGAGACCGCCUUCAAUGCAGAUAAAGCAGUAGUUGAGUUUGACGAGCACUCGUUUGACAUGAGGAACGAGGAGGACAUGGUACUGACCUACCCUGACAGUAACUGUGUGACCGUGAGGAGAACAUACCUACCUGCCCUCUGGCUACAGUAUACCAGCUCUCCUAGUCAGAACAACAUUCACUUCAAGAUUAACAGAAUACAGAUUGAUAACCAGCUAAGAGAUGGCGGGGAGUUCCGGCAUGUGUUCUAUCCGAUAGCCCCUCCUUCUCACGCUAUCGCUCAACAGCCCCCUAAACCUCUGGUGGAGUUUGCUAUGAUCAAACAGUCGACCUCUGUAGAGGGCGAGCAGGAGCAGAGUGUGCUGGACCACUACAAAUAUGUCAAGAUGUUGGUACAGGAGUUUCAUAUCAAGGUGGAUGCAGGGUUCCUAAUGUCCGUCAUGAACUUCCUCAAAGUGGACGAUGACGAUAUUGUGGAUAUUGAGAAGCAGGAGCUGGAGUGGCUGGAAGAAGACUUGAAGUUAUCCCGCACAGCACUAAAUGACAGAGACGGGGGUGACGAGGGGGGGUCCCCUGUAUUCCUGGACGAGUUACACCUCUCUCCUCUCAAAAUACACGUGUCCUUUUCUCCUGAGAAUAAUACUGACAGUCACCAGGUGCACCUGCAAGAGGACACACUCGCUCUCUACCUCAAGUCAUUUGGACUCGGUCUGGUUGCUAUUAACGACGCAGUGUUAAAGCUAGCUUACUACGAUGCUACAGGACAACUAGUGACUCAGGCACAACUACAGGACCGUGUUACUAAACACUACAUCCACGAGACACUCACUCAGCUGUACGCUGUAGUGUUCGGGCUGGAUAUACUGGGCAACCCUUACGGACUGGCCCAGAAUAUCAAGGAAGGAACUAAGGACCUAUUCUAUGAGCCUUAUCAGGGAAUGGUACAAGGUCCCCGCGAGUUUGCUGAAGGAGUAGUGAUAGGGAUGAACAGUUUCUUGCGGCACAGUGUAGGCGGUAUCGUGGGAGCUGCCAGUAAAAUAUCAAGGAGUCUAGGAAAGGGUCUUGCUAAGCUAACAUUUGAUGAGGAGUACCAGAAACAAAGGGCUAGGAGAAUGGCUCAGAAACCUGCUCAUAUCGGAGAAGGUUUGGUUCGAGGAGGUAAGAGUUUCCUGAUGGGGCUGUAUCACGGUGUGACAGGUGUUGUGGUGAAACCAGUUGAGGGAGCAGCUCAGGACGGGGUGGAAGGGUUCUUGAAGGGUGUGGGUAAAGGACUGGUAGGUGCUGUGACGAGACCUCUGGGAGGUAUUAAUGACAUGAUCACAUACACUAUAGACGGCAUACACCAUCACACCCAGAUAGAUGAGGGUAUAAUGGUGUUGAGGCAUCCUCGUUACAUUCAACCAGACAAGAUCCUCAGACCCUACAACACUACGCAAAGUGAAGGAAAGUACCUGCUAAGUGAGGUUACAAGACACAACCAUUGGUCAGAUACCUACUAUCACCACAGCUUACUUACCACUAAAUCUACCUUCAUCCUAACGGACCAACGGUGUGUGUUAUCAGAGUAUGAUGACGUAAUGAACCAGUGGAAAGUAGAGUGGGCCCACGUGUACCAGGACAUUGAGAGGAUACCCAGUAUCAUGGAGAAUGGGAGUUGUAUCGUCUUCUCCGCCUUCAUGGAUCCGAACGUGGGAUUUUCAAAGUUCUUCAAAAACAGAAGGAAAAAGACGCGGAUGGUAGUGUUACCCUCACCAGAAGAAACUCAGCUAUUAUAUCGCGAAUUUAAGAAACGCUACAUACACCAUCACGACGGGUAACAUUAGAGCGGUUUUCAAUCCAGCUGAGGAAAACAAACAAAAAACGAUUCACGGUUAACAAAGACGACAAAUGCUGGGACAAUUGUUGUCGCUGUCUGUAAUUUCAAUGAUAUAACUGUGAUUUUAUGCGUGCUUUUCAUAUUUUUCUUUUUUGUUUGUUUUCAUUAAGUCGAUGGAUUGUUUUUUAUUCAAUUACGGAUCCUUCAGAGCAUGAUUUCUUUUUAGAGUUAGACUAAAGAUUUAAACUCUGCUUUGUAACUACUUGAAAUACGAUAAAUUAAAUUUACUGUGUUUAGGAUGGCUGUAUUUACUUUUGUAGAGAUCUCUGAUGGAUUGUAUUAUCUACUGGUAUGAUUGUUGCGGGACUAUAUUAUUAAGUAUUCUGUGCAUGUUUCGUAGAAUGAUUUGUAACGAACUACAGCGUAGUUAGAUGUGACAACAUGUACAUGUAGGGUACCUCACUACAUGUAAUGAUGACCCUGUCGGUAAAGAUCUUCUUUUUAGCAGCGUGUAUGAACAGUGUUAAGUGAUUUUGUUAUUGUAAAAAAUAUAAUUAUAAUGCAGGUUAAUUAAGUGUUGACAAUUGUAAUUAAUGUGAACGAAUGUUUACAAAAAUAACUUUUCUAAACUG